CACAGUUAGAGUGGAAUGCCUAAGCACUGGUCUAACAACACAGCCUGUAGUUGACAAUUAGAGCCGUUAGGAGAUCAGCUGAAGCCGAUAUGAGCUUCACAAGUCCUGAUCUCUCACAUCCGUGUGGGUUUGUCUUCCAAAGUUAGUUUUCAGCACAAAAUGACCACUCUGCUCUUUAACCCUUUUUGUGUGACUCAGCAAGGAGACACUGAGUGGAGGCAAACGGUGGGAAUUUUGAACUGAUAUGACAGACUUCAAAAAGACGGUUGGAAAAGGGAAAAUCUUUUGCGGCCAGAUACGACAGCACGGUCACCAAUAACUGUCAGAUGGAGGCCUCCUCACAGAGAAAAGGUGGCAGAGGACUGUGGAAGAAAGGCAGAGUCACCCAGUUCAGUAAAGAGACCCAGGAUAUGCUGCAAUUAAUGAUGCAGCAAUCAAAACUCACCCACCUCCAGAGAAAAAAGAUCAACGAAAGUCUAAAGAGUGGAGCAGCUUCACCACCGACUUCUGAGCACACAUCACCAGCUCCCCCAACUAAUCCUAAAACCACUAAAUAUGUCCCGAACAGUCUGCCAUGCAAGCCUCAGAGACGCUCCGCCGAAGCCUGCCGCUCCGGGAACACCUACGUCAGAGAGCAGUACCAUCCUGGUCCCUCCAGAGACCUGGAGAAAGAGAAGAGGAGACUUCAGAAUAUAUUGGCAACAGGAGAAGAGGAGCCCAAACCAGCGUCUUACAGAAAUGUUCCUGCAUGUCCGAACCCAGAGGUGGCAGAGCAGAAAGACCGGUAUCAGGAAGUCCUGGAUGAGAUAGAGGAGAGAAGACAGUUUCUGGCAGACAUGUCUUCUCUGGGUGAAGCGAAGCAGUACGUCAACAUCAUCAACACAGAGAUAUCGCAGAGGAUUCGAGAACUGCGGGUGUUGGACAAGGCGUGCAGUCCCGAGAGCGCUGAGAUUACAUCCGAGCAGAACAAGAAGACAACAGAAAAGAUGUAAUUUAAAGAGACAGAGAGAGGGAGGACAUUUGGAAAUUACCUUGGUGGAAGCAUCACAAUCUGCUAUUUAGAUUAUGGAUGCCAUGUGUGUGGUAGUGAUGCAGAGAGGUCAAAGCAAACUGGCUGCAACUAUAUAAGCAGUACUAUAAAACAAUGUAAAGACAAAACUGUGACAUCAGGCCGUGAAAACAUUUGAUGAACAAGAAACAUGAACAAGCCGCUUUAAGUUAUUUUAAUCCUCCGCCUUCCUGUGUCAUUCUUUUUUAUAAUCCUGCUACAGAAGCCCAUGGUUUCAGCGGGACAUGAAGACAGGAACAGGGCAGAACCAGACACAACAGAGAUUACCAUUUAGAAGGGAGUGCAGAUUCUAACGCGACAAAACAUACUUUACAUAAGUUGAACAAAUGGUGCUUAUCCACACCUGUAAUUAAAUAAAUGGCACUGGUACAAACACUAUUAACACAUUUUUUCCUAUCCAUUAAGGCAACACAGACAUAUGGAAAAACAUUAAAAUAUAAAUUAAUGAUUGCAUAUUCAGGUUUUCCCUGAUGGUUAAAACUGUUAUAAGAUGGUGCUUUGUUACAGUUCAAAUAUCAUAGAUCGGUCUUUUAAUUUUCAUUAUUGCAUGAGUGACCUUUCAUAUUAAUAAACCUUCUGACAUCA